UGUUCACCUAGUAUAUCAAUGCAUAAAUCUUUUAUGAACUGCUCUAAAGUGUAACCAAAAUAUGAACUUGUUCGGCUAUGGCAAGCGGUAACCAUCCUCUGCAAAGACACAUCGCUACCCUACCAAUGGCACAAGUGUCUCCUAUCAAUGCUACGUGUCUUUAUUCCAUGGUGGCUACUCAUAUAUAAACCCCAUCUUUGAAACCAAAAAGCACAUGUUCCAGUAAAGAAAGAGGGUUGCUAGCCAUGUCGAUUGCUUCCAUGGUGGAUCCCCAUGAUAAGAUGCGAGCAAGAGACGUGAACAAGGUGGCCAAAGGUGAGCAAGCUCCUAGGCCCGUCCAUGAAUAUGGCACUGUUUCACCACCUCCUAGUCCUCAAUCCACCUCUCCUCCAUCUCCUCCUAAAAUUGCAAACAAAGAAAUCUCCCCCAUGGUUGAUUCGGACGUAGCACCACAAACACGCCAUUGUCACAAGUCUCAUGUUGAAUAUCGCAAGUGAGUAUUUAUUUGUUUAUGCAAUAACUGAUAAACUAUUUACAAUCAAUUGGAGUUUACGAUUAUCAAGUUUAACUAGUUAUUUUAGUCCCAUAAUUGGAUUUUAAUGGAUGCUCAUUGUAUAUAAAACUAAAAGGUGCAUCAAAGAGAAGCGCAAGAAUGCCCCGCAAUUGUGACAAGUUUGCAAGGCAUUUCCGGUCUCUAUGUCCCGUGGAAUGGGUAAGUAGCUAAGAGCUUAAUUAUUUCA